AUGCAUACGACACUCCUUGACCAUUGGAAGUCAUUACCACUCGAUAAGUAUGAUGGUUCAACCGACCCUGACGAGCAUGUCGACAUCUUCUUGACUCAGGUCACUCUCAGCACUACUGACGAUGCUGCAUUAUGCCGAAUCUUCCCAACUUCGUUGAAGGGUCGGGCAUUGAGCUGGUUCACACGACAGCCGGCCAACUCAGUCGACUCCUUCAAUACAUUGGCAUCUCAAUUCCCCAUUCAGUCCGCCACCAGCAGACCUCAUCAACUGACCUCGCCCUCGUUGGUAAGCAUAAGACAAGAAAAGAAGGAAUCCCUUCGGCCCUUCAGGAGCCGAUUCAAUAAAGCGGCUUUGGAGAUUCGAGACCUCAACCCUACUCUAGCUCUGCACCACCUUACCACCGCCUUGAAAUUGAGACCUUUCGCCAACAGCAUCUGUAAGAAACCCCCAACUGAUAUGGAUGAUUUGCGUCAGCGCGCCAACAAAUACAUGCAAAUGGAGGAAUUAGCUGAGUUCCGUAAUCAAGCAAGGGCAGAGAUAGCUGCUAAAGCUGAUAAGCCAGUGUUAAGUCUCAAUUUUCCCUGGACUCCGAAGACAGACGUCGCUAUGGAGCUCGAGCAUGACUGUUGA